AUGAGCACGCAGGCAUCAGAGCAGCCUCACUCUUAUGCUCCGGCGGGGCCGUCUGAUACUCCUUCGGAGGUUGUCAGCCCCAAGCCGUCGUCUACGAGCGACACGGGUACUGUGACCAAGCACAAGACAGUACCAACACCUCGAAUUGCAGACCCUUGGGACCAAGCGAAGGCUUUACUCGCCAGAGCGUCUUUCGAAUACGCCAAUGGACAGGAUCUGGAAGCCCCGUGGUAUGGGUUCUACUCUUUUGCUUUUCAGUCGCUAUCGCGCGUCGAGGACCUCAGCUUUACAAAAAAGGAUAAGUCCUCGUUAAACUACCGUGCUGGCACCAUGCUCUUCCCCCAGGAUCCCGUCUCUGCCGUCUCUGCAGAGGCGAAUGACUACGAAGCCGACCCAGACGACGAGGAGCGAUUUCGAUUUGGCUACGGACGCGAUGGCGACGGCGGCGAGAGCGACGGCGAUAAUUACACCGACGGCGACGGCGACGGCGAUAAUUAUAGCGACGGCGAUGGCGAUGGCGAUGGCGACGGCGAUAAUGACAGCGACGACGAUGAUCGCAGCGACGACAUUGAUCCCCACGAACUUUUCGCUCAUGCCCGCAGGGACAGUUCGUCCCCAACACCAGGAGCAUCCACAGCAGACUUGGAUCAGCACCAGCUCUCAGUUGCCGCGUCCCCAGAGCCGUCCCCUGUCUCGGAGACUUCUCGAGCGGAAAGGUCCUUGGAGGAUACAUCUCACUUCCGAGAGGCUAGCAUGCCGCCGAGGGAGUACCGAAAGCGUCGUGCAAUCUGCAUCCCCGAUUUCUGUCGCCGACGGACUUACAUCGAUCCUCAGACUUCGCAGAUACUUGCUUCUCGCGUAGACAUGCUCGUAGAGAACAAGGGAAAUGGAUGGUAUAGAAAGGCUGAUCGGAGAAGAGCGUUCUAUACUGUCUAUCGUCAGCUUGUAGCCCAGGCCGCACACGUCUUUCAGAAUGAUCCAAAGCUGCAGGUGCUGGGCGCUGUUUCAGCGGUUGGACCACGCUGUGCAUACGCGGAAAUCUGGAGACGUGACGCUUCCCGCAUCAAUAUUUUUCAUAGGAAUCGUGAUGCGACCUACGAGCCCACUGAAAGAAGCCAGUCUUCGACUCCCCACCAAGGACCCGACGCUUCCAGCAAAGUUUCGACCUCUACACGCUCCCUGCCGAAGACCCCACUUCAAAGGACAAACUCAAGAGCCGUUAAUGCCCCUAGUCCCGAAUCGCCUCUCUGGCACCUUGAGCAAAGGAUCAAUUUCACCGCUGAUUUUUCUGCAAAGCAGCGCCAGUGGGUUGCUGCACUCAACGUGAGAAUGGACGAAUUGGACUACUUGCAAGCGGGUAAAUAUUUGUGUAAUCAGUAA